ACGUCACGAGCUGCUACACCGCGCUCGCUCUCACAGAUCCGAGAAUUGGUCUGAUGGAGCAAAGGCACUCAACGCAGCUCAUUAGACAAAGACAACAAUGGGACCAGUAUGCAAACAGCAUGGAUUGUACUAGAAAUCUUACACAAGACCAGAGAUCUCCAACGGGAGAGAAACCCUUCAAGUGCACUGUGUGUGGGAAGGCAUUUUCAGAUUCAUUUAAUCUUAAAAAACACCAGAGAACACACACAGGAGAGAAACCCUUCAGGUGUAGUGUGUGUGGGAAGGAAUUUUCAUUUUCAUCUGGUCUUAAAAAACACGAGAGAACACACACAGGAGAGAAACCCUUCAAAUGCACUGUGUGUGGGAAGGCAUUUUCAAGUUCAUUUAAUCUUAAGAUACACCAGAGAACACACACAGGAGAUAAACCCUUCAAGUGCAGUUUGUGUGAGAUGGCAUUUUCACAGUCAUCUAAUCUUAAAAUCCACCAGAGAAUACACACAGGAGAGAAACCCUUCAAGUGCAGUGUGUGUGAGAUGGCAUUUUCACAGUUAUCUAAUCUUACAAUCCACCAGAGAACGCACAAAGGAGAGAACCCCUUCAAGUGCGGUGUGUGUGAGAUGGCAUUUUCACAUUCAUCAAAUCUUAAAAUGCACGAGAGAACGCACACAGUAGAGAAACCCUUUAAGUGCAGUGUGUGUGGGAAGGCAUUUUCACGUUCGUCUUAUUUUAAAAUACACCAGAGAAUACACACAGGAGAGAAACCCUUCAAGUGCACUGUGUGCGGGAAGGCAUUUUCAAGUUCAUUUUAUCUUAAAAUACACCAGAGAACACACACAGGAGAGAAACCCUUCAAGUGCACUGUGUGUGAGAAGCCAUUUUCAAGUUCAUUUUAUCUUAAAUUACACCAGAAAACACACACAGGAGAGAAACCCUUCCAGUGCACUGUGUGUGUGAAGGCAUUUUCAAGUUCAUCUUAUCUUAAAAUACACCAGAGAACACACACAGGAGAAAAACCCUUCCAGUGCACUGUGUGUGAGAAGGCAUUUUCACGUUCAUCUUAUCUUAAAAAACACCAGACAACACACAGAGGAGAGAAACCCUUCAGGUGCACUGUGUGUGACAAGGCAUUUUCAAAUUCAUUUUAUCUUGAAAUACACCAGAGAACACACACAGGAGAGAAGCCCUUCAGGUGCACUGUGUGUGGGAAGGCAUUUUCACGUUCAUCGCAUCUUAAAAAACACCAGAGAACACACACAGUAGAGAACCCCUUCGGGUGUAGUGUGUGUGGGAAGGCAUUUUCAAGUUCGUCUAAUCUUAAAAUACACCAGAGAACACACACAGGAGAUGAACCCUUCAAGUGCAGUGUGUGUGAGAUGGCAUUUUCACAUUCAUCAAAUCUUAAAAGGCACCAGAGAACGCACACAGGAGUGAAACCCUUUAUGUGCAGUGUGUGUGGGAAGGCAUUUUCAAGUUCAUAUAAUCUUAAAAUACACCAGAGAACACACACAGGAGAGAAACCCUUCAAGUGCAUUGUGUGUGGGAAGGCAUUUUCAAGUUCAUAUAAUCUUAAACUACACCAGAGAACACACACAGGAGAGAAACCAUUCAAGUGCACUUUGUGCGGGAAGGCGUUUGAACAUUCACAACAUCUUCAUAGACACCAGAGAACACACGGGCAUCAGAAGACCCCCAAGGAGUGUAGUCUGAAAUCGACUUGUGAAAGUCAAAGUGCUGCAAUGAGCCCAUCCCUCCUGAAAAAAGAACCAGAAGUAAAUUCCAGCUUGGACACUAUGACAUGUAUCAAGGUGAAAUUUGAAGAGGCGACGGUGAAGAGCGAAGAAGUGAAGGUCAAAUGUGAAGAUGAACAUUCAACUCCAAAAUCGGACCUUCACAUCAAUGGAGGCAACGUGAAGCAGGAGGAGAAUUCUGACUGUGAGGCAGAGCGAGGCAACUCCCAGCAGUUUGUGGAAGUGGAGGUGUGGGUGGACUUCUUAGACAAUACAAAGUCAAAUGGAGAACCUGUAGAUGUGUAAGAUUGAGACAAUGAAGCUCCAAUAGAUUCACAUUUGUCACAGGCCUUUAAGGAAAAUAACUUGAAGUUGAACACUCCAUUCCUAUGUUCAACCUGCUGAGUAAGAGCAGUCAGUAUUUGCGGCCCUUUGGGUUGGGUAGAUCUCUAACUAGGAGCGAGAGCCAAUAAGCUCCCAAGCAUUCACUAUGUUAUAAUAAUAUUAGCAUUUAUAUAGUGCUUGCUUAAUCGCCUCAGCAACUUGGAGUUUUGUAUUAUCUCAUCACAAACACUCGAAGAGCACGCCUUUUGGUGUCCUCUGGAUUAUCACCGUUUGAUACUAGGGUCGAAAGAAAGCUGUCUCUGGUGUGGACCAAUCAGUUUCAAAGACAAUGCAUAUGUUGUGUCCUAGGCACGACGCAUACAUAGAGACUACUGCAAGUUACAGAAGACUACAAGCGACAGAGAGUACUGCGAUGGGCAGACUCCGGAGCAUGGCCUCGAGAUCAACAAUGGGUUUUGUGUCUCGUAGAGAAGAGGGGGCGAGGUGAUGCUCGUUGCUGAGUUCGGCAUGGACCGACAGAGUAUCGCUGAGAGUUUUAUUCUACAUUUAUCCUCAUGUUUUGAGUCGCUUGCAAAGUCAAGGAUUGCGAUAAGUUGUUUUGUACUAAGCUUUCACAGUUGUUUAAGAGGUGUGCAAAUACAAUUUACAAGUUUUGAGAGUGAGUUCCAGCUCCCACGAGCAGCUGCGAUCGGCAGGCUCCGGGGAACCUGCCCCCGUGACUGGCACAUCGUCAACGAGCUGCACCAGCAGAAGCCACGAGUCUACGAAAUCAACACAAAGAGUUACUUACUGCAAGCAGCAAGCUCUGGGGUGGGACUCUGCAAUCAACCAAGGAUGAAGAGGCUUGACGAGUAGCAAUUGGUCACCGAGUACGAGCUCGGCGCUGACAGAAGUAUCGCUCAAAGUUAUUCUACACUGAGUGCCAGCUUCCACGAGCAGCUGCAGCCCGAGAGAUAGUGACGAGCAACGACGAGCAAUCAUCCGGGAGAAAGGAUGAAAGCCCAAUUAUCGACCAAGCCAGCAUCGUAGAGAACCAGCUGCACGCAGAACCAGGCAUCGCCAGAGAGCACGGAGCCGGAGAGAGAGCGCAGCAGCGCCACCGAGCAAGGGUGUCAGCUGCCAGCGGACGAGCGGCGAGCGCUGUCGAGCACCUUGAAAGACAAGCAUCGUGCCGACUCAGCUCAUCCAGCAGGGGAAAGAGCCUGACCAGCCGCCCGUGAGGAAGAGAGCGCCAGCGAGAGCGCCGUGGGUUCGACCUACACACACCGACCAGCACCAGCUGUGAACCAAGACAAGAGUGAAGAACGGCGACUAGCAGACGAGCUGCAGGCGCUAUCUGACGACGGAAUCAUCGUGCACCGCCGACGUCGAGCGUCGUGCCGACUCUUCAUCCAGCAGUGGGCAGCAGCUCCAGCUGCCGCCGAGCGAGAGAGAGCGAGGAAGCUGUGUGUAUGACCCUCCCCCACACUCACAUACUCGCCACGUAUCACCCAGCGUCUGCUUGACGCAAAGAAUUGAUGAAGGAGACAAAACCACCAAACACACACAUUCCGCAUAUACCGAGACUAAUAAUAAUAAGAAUAAUGAUAAGAGUGUGUCAAGUAUUAGCUGAUAGUGAAGAACAUUGCUGCCCAUUGAGUCACGUGGAUACGGUUGUUGAGAAAUUUUUCAGUCAUUCUUUUUGUUAAUUUUAACUGUACCGAUGAAUUCAUUGACGAAACUAAACGUUUAGAAACCUACAUUACGAAUCCACACACUCACAGGGAGACUUGUGUUGAAAUCUUUCUUUUGAUCACAGAAUCUUGCCCGCGAUUUUAUUGAAGCCUUAGCCAAUUGAUAAGCAUUUGCUGAAGCAGGCACACUGCCGCACACCAUUGUUCCAAGACAUUUAGUUAAUUACAUAAUCUACCAAUGAAUUCAUUAAAGUCUACUUUUGCAUUCGGGACAUGUUUCUUUAUUGCCAUUCGUAUGAAUAUCGUCACAUUAAUUUUUAAGGACUUUAUCCUAUGCUCGCGUUACUCUGAGGAAUUAACCGAUUGCUCUGUUACCCAGUUUAACGUAAUCAUUGAGAGUUAAAUGUACGGAUCAAUGAGGAGCACAUCUCCAGGAGUACAGUGUUGACAAUUCCAAGCAUAAGAGUUCGCAUAUUAGAGUGUUAUGUUUUUGUUUAGAAAUUAAA